AGCGAGAGUUUUUGUCGCCAUGGCGCUAAGGCGCCCAAGGCGAUGCCCUCAACGCUUAGGGACACCCUUGCCAGGCGAGUUGUGAUCAUGUCUGACGCUGGAGCUGGAUCAUCUCAUGGAGGGUCUCAAGGAAGAGGAGGGUCUCAGGGAGAAGGACAACAAGUGGAUCCGGGAAGGAAGUAUGGAACCAUUGUUAACAAUAACGCCAACCACUGGAAGUGUAUCUUCUGCUACAAGGUGUUAACUGCUGGGGUUUCACGAUUGAAACAACAUCUUGUUGGCGGGUACAAGAAUGCAAAGAAAUGUCCAAUCUGUCCAGAACAUGUUAGGGUUGAGCUGCAGACCUACAUGGCCAGAAAAGUUGAAGAAAGAGUAGCUCUAUCAAUGCAGUACCAACCCGUGGUGAAUGAAGAUGAUGUGGAGGACUUGGAUGGUGAUGAUGAGCCAAUGCGAAAGGCUACCAAGAGGAAGCACCGUGGUCCUUUGGACAAGUUUGUGAUGUCUACGCCUCCAGACAUCUUGAAAGGCAGAAAGGAUAGGAAAGGGGUGUUUGGAGCUUGUGACAAGGACUUAAGAGACAAGGUGUGUGGCGCCAUAGCAAGGUGGUUCUUCGAUGCUGGGCUUCCUUUCAAUGCUGUCUCUCAUGACAGUUUCAAGGAGAUGACAAAGCUUAUUGGGCAGUAUGGUAUGGGGUUAAAGCCUCCUUCUCAGUAUGAGCUCCGGUUCCCUUUACUUCAAAGGGAAGUCGCCAAUGUUCAAGCACUGCUGGCUCCUAACAGGGAAGAGUGGGCAGUGAAAGGAUGCUCAAUCAUGUCUGAUGGGUGGCGUGAUUCUGUGGUGCAGAAAGACAUCGUCAACUUUCUGGUUAACUCACCAAAAGGUUCUGUGUUCAUCAGGUCCAAAGAGGUUUCUGAAGUGGUGAAAGAUGCUACAAUGCUGUUCAAGCUACUUGAUGAUAUGGUUGAAGAAGUUGGUGAGAAGAACGUGGUUCAGGUUGUAACUGAUAACGCCUCAAACUACGUCAAGGCUGGAAAACUUCUUGAAGCAAAACGCCCACAUCUCUUUUGGACUCCAUGUGCUGCGCAUUGUCUUGAUUUGAUGCUGGAGGACAUUGGAAAGAUAGCUGCGGUGAAGACUGCAAUGCAGAAGUGCAUAGAUACACGUUAG